GGAGGACAGGAGGAUUCGCAAUGGCGGAGCAGGAGGAAGAACAAACCCCUAACGCCGCCGAGGAAGCGCACAAGCUGGAGAUCCCGACUCGUCGAGUGAAGAACAUCAUGAAGCUCGAUAAGGACAUCAACAAGGUCAACUCCGAGGCACUGUUUCUCAUCGCUUCAUCCACCCAGCUCUUCCUCCAAUUCCUCGCUGAGAAAUCGGCGCACGUCGCCAGGGAGAACAAGAAGAAAACUGUGAGGACCGAGCACUUGAGAGUCGCUGUGAAGCGACAUCGUCCGACUGCCGAUUUCCUGCUGGAUUCUCUCCCGAUGCCUCCUCAACCUCCCGAACAAAAUCCUGUCAAGGAGCGCGCUAAAUCGCGUCCUGAUAAGAAGGCUGUUCCUUUUGCCACUCGGUCGAUUGAUGCCUUCUUUCAGAAGUUCUCUUAGAUUUAGGGCUUUCUGUAGAUUGUACAUUUUUCUGAAGUAAUGUUUCCAAGUUUCCUAUUUUAAGCAGAAACAAAAUUGAAGGAAUGGUUAGAUCAAGCAAUGCCAACAAUGGAUUUUUUGAUCCAUUUUUUAGAUUGGUUGUGUUUGAAUGGAUGGACUUGAAGCCUAAAGUUACAUGGUUUCUUUGGAUGUUCAACUUCUUGAUGAUCAUUUUCUUGAUUGAUGU